ACACUAGCAAGCCUGAAAAGCUCGAAAAAAACCGCGGAUCGCAUCUACACGACAAAAGAGGCGAGAAUAUCAUCGCUGUCAGCUCACUCUGCAAGCUCUCUUUGCGUGUGCGCAAUUGCAGCGCACGGCGGUAGCACAACACACCCCAGCCAGGCCUAGGGUGGCCCGCGCGCGGCACCGCAGCGCGACCAGUGAAAGAAUGGCGAUGGCGCGCGCAUAUAUGAUAGCCGCAUGCCUCCCGCAAACGCUGGCACUCCUCAGCGUCUCCGGCGUCGACGAGUGCCCCGGCGGUGUCGAUGGCGGCUGGCACUACUAUUCCGGACGGUGCUACAAGAAGUCCGAAACCAUUGGUACUUUUGAAGAAUGCUGGCGCCAGAUCUGCCCGCGGCUGGCCGGCGCCAACGCCACAAAAGUUGAUAUAGCGAGGUCCGGGCGGCCCUUCCUGCCCCCAUGGACAACCUCCACCUUAGCCUGCGUCACGGAUCCCCAGCUCGACGAGUUCCUCUCGUCCACAGUAGGUGGGUCGAUCGAAACCUACGGGAGCUGGGUCGGUUUGUAUCAAGAUCCCCACAACCGAAAGCACUCCCACAAAGGCUGGGACCUCCAGGCCUCGGCAACCUGUCAAGGAGUCACGUAUGCCAAUUGGUACACGGACUGGGGCGAGCCGGACCACCAUCUGGGCUGCGUCGAGUCUUGUGCCGUGAUGGGGAGUAUUGAGGAAGGUCUUAGUGGCUGGAGGGACGCGUCGUGUCGGUUGGCUUACCAAUGUUUGUGCGAGUACCCCACGGCGCCCUCCGAGAGUCUAUUGAGCGGCAUCGAGCCGUACCACGACCGGACCUGUGACAAGGGGCGGUUGUUCUAUGGCAUAUUUGUGCUCGCGGCGUGUACCGUUGCCGCGGCGGCGCUGUUGCUGUGCUGCGUGUUAGGUGUUAACAGAAGGAAGGCCACGCUAUCGGGACACGGUGUGGGGUUAUUUCCUUCCAGGAAUGGUGGUCUCUAUCAAAUAGCGUCGGGCUUCGAAGGCGUGAAUGCUUUACAGGUCAACAGAUCCGCGAGAAUCGUGCUCCAGCUCACGUUCUCGACGCUGUUCUUGGGCAUUCUGGUCAAAGCCAUCACGCUCGCAUUAUUCGAGAAGGUCCUACCGCGGGAGUACUCGGCAUCGCCGGCCUUCGACCUCGCGUUUUACGUGAUCUUCGCCUCGACGGCGGCCUGGAUGUGCUACAUGGCCGUCAAGACCGCCAAUGAAGAAUAUGCGUGUGGCGCGACGUACCUGCAGGCCUUCCAGGCGCUGGUCUGGGCGCUGGCGGCGUCGUGUGCGUUUUCCCUGUUGUUGCUUGCUCUGAUCGACGCGGCGGGCGAGCGGGUCGAUCUCGUGGUCGUGCUGAACAACGUGGCCUUCGGCGGCUUGUACUUCGCCAUCGGCGUCUUCACGGGGCGGCUGCAGCGGGACAUCGACGCAUUGGACGAGCAGCCGCCGCCACCCGCCGACGGCGACGUGGAGCUGUCGCACAUCGAACCGGACAGCGCGGAGGUCUUCGAGCCCAGUCCUGUGGAGACGGCGAACCCGAUGCGGAGUACUGACGAGAGGCGUCCCGAGCCGGAGACGACGGAAGUAUAA